AUGGCUUCAGGAAUCUUAAAGGUGAAAGGCAAUCUUGUCGUUGAUGAAAAUGAUGAGAGUGUGGUUCUUCGGGGAGCAGCACUGGGAGGAUGGAUGAAUAUGGAGAAUUUCAUCACAGGUUUCCCCGGCCAUGAAUCCCAACACCGAGCCGCCAUGCUCAAAGUCCUCGGGCCUCAGAAAUACGAGUUCUUCUUUGACAAGUGGUUGGAAUAUUUCUUCACUGAUGCAGAUGCCAAAUUCUUCGCCGAAGUAGGCCUGAACUGUCUUCGUUUGCCAUUCAACUAUCGCCACUUUGAGGAUGAUAUGAACCCCCGGGUGCUGAAAGAGUCAGGCUUCAAGCAUCUAGACCGAGUGGUUGAUCUGUGUGCGGCGCAUGGUAUAUACACAAUCUUGGAUAUGCACGCCGUGCCUGGUGGUCAGAACCCAGAUUGGCACUCUGAUAAUCCCACCAGCUAUGCUGCUUUCUGGGACUAUAAAGAUCAUCAAGAUCGCACUGUGUGGUUGUGGGAGCAGAUCGCUUCCCGGUAUAAGACGAACCCUUGGGUUGCCGGGUACAACCCUCUAAAUGAGCCCUGUGACCCGCAGCAUGUCCGACUCCCUGCUUUCUAUGCGCGCGUAGAGAAAGCCAUUCGCGCCAUUGAUCCGGAUCAUAUCCUGUGGCUGGAUGGGAACACGUUUGCCAUGGAGUGGAAGGGAUUCGAUACCGUGCUGCCUAACUGUGUGUAUGCAAUGCAUGACUAUGCGUCUAUGGGAUUCCCGACUGGUGAUCGAUACCAAGGCACACCAGAGCAAAAGCAACAUCUCGAACGCUCAUACCUUCGUAAGGCAGAGUUCAUGACUAAGAAUGGCACUCCUGUGUGGAAUGGAGAGUUCGGUCCCGUCUACUCCAAUCCUACAUUGGAUGUUGAUGCAGCAACAAUCAAUCAGGAGCGAUACAACCUGCUGGGAGAGCAGCUCAGCAUCUAUGACAAAUACUCUAUUCACUGGUCAAUCUGGCUAUACAAAGAUAUUGGACUACAAGGUAUGAUCUACACAAACCCACAGGGUAAAUGGAAUAAGACGAUCGGGCCCUUCCUUGAAAAGAAGCGAGCCAUUUGGAUCGAUAAAUGGGGUCAUCAGCAUGUCCCCGAGGCCGAAGCAGCGCUGAAGCCACUCCUUGAUUGGAUCGAUCGUGUCAGUCCGACAGCCAAGGAUACCUAUCCGACCUCGUGGAAUACGGAACUGCAUGUCACGCGCAAUGUGUUGUAUACCUUUUUGGCCGCUUCAUUUACGGAUGAGUUUGCGGCUUUGUUCCGGGGGAUGGAGGAGAAGGAGCUUGAGGAAUUGGCGAGGAGUUUCCACUUUGAUCAGUGUGUGCAACGAGAGGGACUGAAUCAUAUUUUGAAGGAGCAUUCUCGUCAGUAA